AUGACAUGCAGCGUAUGGCGGUCAAGCUGUCUCUGGAUGUUGGCCGAGUUAAUCAAAUCAAUCAACGCAAGUUCACGGUUCCACCUCCACGCGUCGAGUAUCGUGUCUCCAGUUCGGCACCGGUCGUGGCUAAGCCUUCUCAAGCAGUUCCGAUGGAUAUUGAUUCAGUGUUGGCUUCAGUCGGUUUUACUUGGCCGGCUUGGAGGAAGGCGUGCACGGACAGGAAAACCUGCUUCCGUUGCCUCCAGUCUUUCGAUCAAGAUCAUGUCGACUAUCGAGGCUGCCCUCUCCCGGAAUCUAAAUGGCUCAAGAAGGAAUCCUUGA